UCAAACUUUUUCAUCAACUAGCCCCUCUUCUUAUUCCUUUGCAAUUGUCACAUCAACAUUUUUUACUUAGCGCUCACAAAUUAAGUUCAACAACAAUGAAGAAUGUAGUGUUGAAGGUUGAUAUUCAUAAUGAUAAAAUCAAGCAAAAAGUUAUGAAGACAGCAUCUAGCCUUUCAGGGGUUGAAUCAAUAUCAAUAGACAUGAAAGAGAAGAAAUUGACAUUAUUAGGAGACAUUGAUCCAGUAAAGGCAGUUUCUAAGCUAAGAAAGUUUUGUCAUACUGAAGUAGUUUCAGUUGGACCUUCAAAACCAAAAGAGGAGAAAAAGUCAGAGGAUAAGCCCUUUGAAACUUAUCCAUUCUAUUAUCAUGUACAACAACCACUCUAUAUUCAAGAUUUCUACUAUGUUUGAUAUGUAGUAAGAAUUAAGAAGAGAAUCCUG